CCACCCUCCAAGUCUCCGACCGGCACAGCCUCUUUUCUCUCUCUCGGUCUCUCCCCUCUCCACGCCACAGAUCUCUCCCCUCUCCAUCUCCCACUUACCCGCAGCCAUGGCGGAGGACGCCCCCAGCGCCGCCGCCGCCGAGGGGAGCCAGCACGCGUCGGCCGCGGAGGGAGGCUCCGCCGCCGCCGCAGCUUCCGCGGCACCAGCCGCCAAGGCCGCGGAGGCGCUGCUCCCGUCGCUCAGCAUCUGGCCCCCGUCGCAGCGCACGCGGGACGCCGUGGUGCGCCGCCUCGUGCAGACGCUGGUCGCGCCCAGCAUCCUCUCCCAGCGCUACGGGGCCGUCCCGGAGGCCGAGGCCGGGCGCGCCGCCGCCGCGGUCGAGGCCGAGGCCUACGCCGCCGUCACCGAGUCGUCGUCCGCCGCCGCCGCCCCGGCCUCCGUCGAGGACGGGAUCGAGGUGCUGCAGGCGUACUCCAAGGAGGUCAGCCGCCGCCUCCUCGAGCUCGCCAAGUCCCGCGCCGCUCCGUCUCCGGCAGCGGCGGCGCCCGCGGAGGGGGCCGCGUCCGAGUCGGAGGCUGCUGCUGCUCCUGCUCCAGCGGAGGAGUAAGGUGUUUGGUUUGGCCCUGCGCUUAGAUCCACCAAAGAACUGCUGCUAUUUUGGCAUUUCCUUGGAGAUUAUUCAUGAUUUCCUCCGCUUAUGAUCACUAGUACCUUUAUAUAAGUAUUAGGAAUGUGUGCUUGAGAUGAUGAAUUGAUGUUUGUUACUUGAACCUGGUACCUUGUUACAAAUGUUUAAGCUAUAUCAUAGGUGCAUGUUUGCCCUCGCAUAUGUGAUAUGUAUAAGGCUAUUCUUGAAUCUGUUUGUGCAUGGUUGCAUGAGCUCAUAUGUUCUGAUUAUUUAGCUGAAUGCAGUUGAAAUGUAAUACUAGUGGUUCCAGAGUUCCAGGAGUAUGCAGUAUUAUUGUGCAUUUAAUUUAAA